AUGAGAGGCUUUUUGUUGUUUGAGAAGCAGACUGGAAAUCUUCAAGAAACUAAUUUCCGUCUUCCUCUGGACAAAUUUCUUGCCCAACUUCGCCUGCGGGUAACGCCAACGGCGCGCCAAGAAGGCGGUGCCGCAGGUAUCCUUGUUCGUGUCGAUGCUGAUCUGACGCCGCCCUCCCAGAAUAUGGCGUGUAUCUCCUCUCUCGCUCGUUGUGUUGACGGCAGGCGGUUGAACUCCGGCGGGAUGCGAUUGUUGGUCUUGCGGAGUCUGAGUGCAUCAAUGGACCGAUUGACGGUGAAUCUCAUGGGUUUUCUGAAUUUUGCCUCGUCUAGG